AUGGCGAAUCUUAUCUUUGAUAUGCCGAGAAAGUGGCAGAUCGUCAAUCGUGUUAGAGGAAUAACUCUCACCAGAGAAAGAUCCCAGUUCAUCUUCUUACAUGCGUAUGAUCUUCAAGAUGUCCUUGACCAAGGCAUGCAAACUUACUGUGACUGGGGUCUAGCUAUUGAAAGAUGGGCAGAAAGGCCUCCACCGGGAUAUCUACAAUACGUUUCAAUCUGGGUCAGAAUAAGGAAUAUUCCGGUCAACCAUUAUACAAAACCUGCUAUCGAAGAGUUUGGUGGUUUGAUCGGUCAUGUGGAAAUGGUAGCUUUCGAUCCAGAAAAAUCUCAAAGACAAGACUAUGUUCGAGUCAAGGUUCGGAUUGAAGUUAACAAACCCCUCAAGCGAUCAAGGGUCUUAAACUUGCCUGGAAGAGAUCAAACUACUAUCUACUUUUUCUAUGAAAAAGUGCAGAAGAGGUGUACUCACUGUCAAAGACUCACACAUGCAAAGGAUAGAUGUCCUUUUCUGGUCAACUCUCUUAACAUGCAAGCGGCUCCGGUUUCAAAUCAACGACCUUCUCUUGAUACAAGGAACCCGACAGUCUUAUCUGAGGAUGAUCCCCUGUUUGGAGUUCUACAAGAAGAUCAAGUGGGCAUCAAUCCCAUAUCAGGUCGUCCUCGCAUAGCUCCGGAAGUUCUCCAAGAAAUGCGUAACUAUCUUCUUGCUUCAAUCCAGAACACUAAUCUCAACCCCAAGCCUCCAAAGCUUAUGGCGUCGGCGAUCUCAGCAGGCCAACACUUGUCUAAUCCUUUGGCAAAUAAGAAACCGCAAAAAGGUGGAGUUAAGCUCUCUACUCCUAUUCAGAAUGAGGAGAGCCCCAACAAGAAGCGCAAAGCAGAAGAUAAACUAGAUGAGUCUCUCAGAUCAUCAAAGAAGAAAGGACAGAGCUCGAUGGAAGAAGCCUCUCUGAAAAAGAAAACUGAAGUUGAUUUGGCUGAUACAUCCAAGGCUGCGCAGUGCAAUGUAUCAACGAUGGUCCCGCGUGAGGGACCGUCCAAAGCGUAA